AUGACUAUCUGGAGCGACGUUUCGAUCAAGAAACACGUUGGCCAACUGGUCAAGCGUGCGCUUGAAAUGCAGAAGAAGGGGCAGGACUUCUGUACUGGAGUGAAGGCAGGAGUACUGUCGUUGGAUGAUUCACAGGACACUUGUAUCAAGCUGCAUUCGGAUAUCAAGGGAACGUUGGAUCGAUUGGAAGGUUUGGAGGCAUGGAUUGAAGAGAAGAUGCGGAGAAACAAGGAAGAAUCCGUGUACUCACUGAGUAUACUGACAAAAAAAAAUGUGAACACGACUGUUCGUAUGUUGAAUUGUGUCUUCCAAGACAUACAGGCCAUCAUCGAUGGUCAAGAGAACUGGCAGAGUAGCCCACCUACGUCUCCAGAGGACCUCGACGAUCUUUGGGGCUGGAACGAUAAGGUGAAUGAAGAAGAAGAUGAUAUCGAGAAAGAAGGCAACAGUGUUGUCAAAACAGUAAACAGCGGAGUACAGGACAGUGUACUAUCACCAGGAGAAGAAUGGGAUAGACGGGUGCAAAGAGCCAAUGAGAUUGUUGCAUUGGAAGAAAGAAUGAUGUUCAUGGAGAACAUGAUUCGAGAAAUGGAUAAAGAGAAAAAGGUGAAGAAUGAUGGUGAGAAAGGAGUAUUGAAGAUGGCAGAUGCCAAAAACAAGAAAGAUAAGAAAAAACCUAAAAAUCUAAAGGAGGAUGACUCUGAUUCUGAUCUCUAUUCGACUUCGAAUGAGGACGAGGAGUAUGACAUGAAUCCAGAGAUGGAGACUACUCUAUCUGAAUCUUCCUCGGGUGAAGAGGACGCCAGAACUGUGCUCAGAGGAAAUAAGAAUAAGAGAGGCAAAAAGGAGCCACCUCAUUCAAGAACUAAAUUCUUGAAGAUGAAACCUCUAGAAUUGAAAAAAUUCGAUAGAUCUGAUGCCUCAAAAUACGAGGACUGGAAAACGAUGUUCAACGAAGGAUAUGGGAAAGAUCCAAGAACCUCAAAACUCAACAAGUUGAUCCAGCUUAAGGGACUCGUUACUGGUUUGGCAGAGGACUUAUUGGAAGGUGUCAAACUGGAAGAGAAGAAUUACAAGUUAGCAUGGACCAUUCUUGAUGAGAAUUUUGAGAAACCAGCCAAUCCAUUGUUAGCAUUGGAAAGGAAGUUUAACAGGGUCAAAAUUGAUCAAAAGAACUUCCAACAAAUGAGAAUCGAUACGAGCAAACUAAAUGCUCUUGUAACAGAUAUGAAAAAUCGUGGAAUGAAUGUGGAUUCGCCACUGGUCUACGACAGAUACAUCGCGAAGUUUCCGGAUGAGGUGGCAGAGCGCUUGACAGUGAAAACGCUGAGCGACAGCUUCAACGGCGACUUUACAAAGAUUCAGAAAUGGACCAUGAAGAUCAUCACAGCGAAGGCAGCAAUUGAGGAGAGAAGAGCCGAAUUGCUCGGACCCAAAGAUUUUGAUGUGGCCCAUAUAGAACAUACGGAAGUGAAGGAGAAACAUGGAACACAGGGAGAGAAAGGAGGUGCAAGGAAGGAACGAAAAGACACAUGUACCUUUCGUUGCACAGAAUCACACAAGUCUUGGAAAUGUCCCAAGUCGGCAGAAGAGAAAUUCAAAUUUCUGGUCCAAGAGAGACGUUGCACAGUCUGCUUCUCAAAAAAGCACUUCGCUCGAGAAUGCAAAAACUUGCCGGCUCACAAAUGCAAAAUCUGCGGCAGAGGACACCACACAGGAAUCCACGCAGCAGUUGAAACCGGCAACAAGAAUAAAGGGCAGAGUAAACAACAAACAGGAAGACAGUACUCCAAUGGAGGCAACUUCCAACCAGGAACUCAUGGGUUUCGGAUCCACAAUGGACCAAACCAGGCUGUGGCCACCACAAGGUUAAGGCAAUUAGAACGCAGAAAUGGAGAGAAGAUAGAUAUGAUUAUCGGUACAAACGUAAUUUGGGAUUUGUUGAGAGGAGUAGAGACCAAGAAGUUUGGAAACCACAAAAGCAUAGUCUGCACAGAUAUUGGAGACUUUGUGAUUCCAACAACUAUUGAUAAUAACAAUGAGAAUGAUGAAGAUAUGGAAGUGUUCCACUAUGCAAAUGAAGAAUACCCCGAAGAGAAAAUGAUCUACCUAUGUCAGGAUGAAGAUGAUAAAGAAGAAAAAUCUCAGGCUCUAUUGGAGAAAUUAUGGGCACUGAAUGCUAUAGGCAUUAAAGAACAGGAGCUAGAAGAGGAGGAUUUGUCUGAAAUGGAGGAAGCUAUGGCUGAAUAG